UACUAAAUAUAAAGUUUACAUAGCAAUCUGUUCAAAUUUUCAGCUGAUUUUGUCUUAUAUAUUUACCUUUUCUUAAAAUUACUGUUUAAGGUACUUUACCAGCUGGUUCCUAUGAGUAUCCUUUUACAUUCACGCUUCCACAAACUGGAAUCCCCAGUUCUGUUACAAAUACCUAUGGAUACAUUACAUACUACAUUAAAGCAAACGUAGAUAAAGCAUUUGCUUUUGAUUAUAUAGACACAGUGGGAUUACAUGUGAUUGCACCAAUAAACUUUAAUCAUAUUCGACAUGAGCUACAACUGAAUCCAGUGACAUAUCAAGAUGAAACAACCAUGUGCUGCAUGUGUUCUGGGAACGGCCUUAUUACAAUGAACUUGUUUUUGGAAAAGGAAGCGUAUGUAGCUGGUGAAAUAGCAAACAUUAAAGUGGCAGUGCAUAAUAUGUCUAAUCAAAAUAUUUCAGACGUAAUUUUAACUCUAAAACGGCAUAUAGAAUAUACAACUACCUUACCAAAUACUCAUCACAAGCAUGAAAGCGAUAUUAUAGCUCAUGCAUCAGAUACAGGAGUAGGUGCUCACGGCGAAAGAAUGUACAUGUUCAAUUUUGUGAUACCAGCUACCGCUGCGAUAUAUAAUUUUGCUGGAUGCAGUUUAUUUAAGCAAUGGUUUGUUUUAAAAGUUAAAGGAGUGAUAAAGGGAUUUCAUUCAAACUUGGAAAUUUCCGCUAAUUUAAAACUGGGUCAUAUCCCGUUUCUUGGAAAUCCUGUUGGUUUACCUUCUGCGCCAACUAUGCCUUAUUAUGCACCGGGUGCACUUUCACCAAUCCCGCUAUCUAACACCACAUCUAAUUCUCACCUUCCGUCAGAAAAUCCAAGAGCUCCACUAUAUUCUACAGGACCUUCAUCAACCAAUAAUUUUAAUGGCAGUCUGUAUGCAGAAAACGGUAAAACCUCAGAAGAUUCACCGCCUUCUUAUGAAGAAAGUAUAAAACCAUCAGCACCAAGUUAG